CGUGCCGAGUCUGCUCCAGCUGUGCUGCUGUAUGCGAUGGCCCGCUCCCGGCUUCGAGAAAUGAUCCCCCCGUGGCCACGUUUUGUGGUGAUGGCAAUCCCCUUGCUGCUACACCGCUCGGCUGCGACUAUCGACGCCUUCGAGUAUUUCCAGAGCGAGCAAGACUACGGCCGCGCGGCGGUGGACACCAAGCUCGGCCGGGUGGUGGGCAGGGUCCUGCGGGGAGGCGUGCGAGGCUUCCUCGGGAUCCCGUACGCCCUGCCGCCGCUGGAGAAGCUCCGCUUCGAGCCGCCGGUGCCCCUGGCAUCGUGGGGGGGCGAGAGGCUCGAGGCGCUCGAGUUUGGCCCCGAGUGCAUGCAGAGCAUCGAGGGCAACCCAAGUAAGUUGCUGCUGUAA